UCCCAUGGCGCCUGACCGGGGCUGCAUGCGCUGGCGCUGGCUGGCACUGGCAGCUGCUGGGGCACCCUGGAGUUUCGCAGUGGAGAGGAGCAAAGCCGUGCAGGUGAGGCCUGAAGGUCACCCCGGACAUGGCUAUCGAACGAUGAAGUCCAAGGCGAGUUGGCGCUUCCGGGAGGAGGAUGACGACAAACAUCGCCUGUUGAUGAAGCUGAGAAACCCUCAAACAAAGAGGAGCGUGGCGCUGGGAGCUCGAGGAAAGUGGAUGUUUGUCGAGAGGGAGUUGGCGGAGACCGUUGCCGCGUUGCAGCAACGAAGACUGCUGACGGAAGCUAGGGAGUACACCCUGACCAUCAAAGUGCUAGGGCAGUUAGGACUGUGGCGCGAAGCCGUGGGCAUGCUGCGAGACAUGGAGCGUAACGGCGUCAGUCCGGACGUCAUCACCUACAACGCCGCCAUCAUGGCGCUGUCCAGGAACAAAAGGUGGAAAGAGGCCAUUGAGCUGGUUGCUGAGAUGUGGUCCGUACAGAUCACCCCCGAUGUGAUCUCCUACACCUCUGCCAUCUCGGCCUGUGCUAGUACUGGCCACUGGAAGGAAGCCUUACAGCUCUUGGCAGAGAUGGAGCGUGCCGGGAUCCGGGCGGACGUGCGCAUCUUCAACGCGGCAGUCAACGCUUGCGCGCAGGCUGGAGAAUCUGCUCGUGCCUUGCAGUUGCUGGAUAGCAUGCCUGAGAGGAAGUUGGCGCCUGAUGUGAUUACAUACAAUGCUGCCAUCAAUGCCUGUGCUCAGAGUGGAGAGUUUCUUGGCAGAGUCACCUGA